AUGGCAGUGUAUACUCCUUCAGGUAAUAAUAAUAAUAGUGGGAUCAAUGAUAAUGAUGUCGGUUCAGCAAGUGAAAUGGAGAAAUUUUUCGUACGACCAAGUCUUGGUUUGAAAUUAUGGGGACCAUUAGUACCAGCAUCAGACAACAGGACAGGUCUCUGGACGUUGCUAACGAUACAGACUGUGGUUGGAAUUGGCUGUUUCAAACGAUUCAACAGCUUACGCAGGGCACAUCAAGUGAUAAAGACUAAUAUAUCAAGAUUACCCACAUUGAACAGAUUUUCCAAGACUGAUAAGAUAAUUUCAAUCGAAUCUAAACCAUUGCAGAAGUUAAGUAGGUGGGAUACGACGAAAAAAUUCAUUUAUUUGUUCAGUGGUACAGUAAUUUUAUCACAAUCUCUAUUAGAGCUUUGCAGACUCUCCUUACUCAAAUACGAUCCAUGGUACGAGGAAGCAAGAUGUGCUAGGGAUAAAAAGUUCUUCAACGACAUUAUAAAAUAUUAUAACGAAGGUAUAGAUCCAACGAAGAUCCAAGUUAAAGUGAAGAGGUCCGGUGGUGAUGACAGUGUUAGCGUGAAUCCCAACGUAAAUGAAAUAAAGCAAAGCGUAGCCAUAGUUAGGGCACAAAAUGAGGCAAGUAACCCAAUAAUUAAGUGGUAUGGUCCAAUAGAAUUGGAGCCAAUGUCAUUUAAUGACUAUUUAGGGAGAAUGGAGUAUUACUUACACAUGAUGGAACUCUUACAAAGUAGAAAAAUCCGUAACAACGAUGACAAUAAUUCUACAAAUAUGCUGUUAAAUAUUAUCUCCUAUUCAAAUGAUGAAAUAGAGAAGGUCAUUGAGAAAAAUAAACAAACAAGGGACGUCAUAAUGUCAGAUUUGUCAAAAGAAAUCUCCUUACAACAAGACAAUAGCAAUGAUGCCGAGGAAGAGCCUGGCCUAAGACAAGACAUCACGAAAUCUAUAUCUUCAAUGAUGGAACAGAAAAGGAAACAAAAAGUCGAACACUCAUCUAAUUUACUUGUGCCCCCCAGAAAUGUCAUUCUGGAUCCCAUACAAGUCAAAACUUCCGAAGAUAUCGACCUUAAUGAGAUAUGGUCACUAUACGACCCAUGGAUGAACCUGGGACUCGACACUUCAUUAAGUAUCAAAUUCAUCCCUACUGUAAUUACCCCUAAUGAUGCACAAUCCACAGAGGAUCAGAGUCAUUCAAGAGAUGAUGAGGAAUGA